GUAAAAGAUCAUCAUGAGUAAGUGGAGAGUAGAGGGAGCAAGUCCAGUAAGACAAGAUCUACAAGGACAGUGCAGAAUGAGAGAUCAGAUGAGGGAAACACUGAGUUAUGUUAGUUUUUCAGAAAGUACGAGUCCGAAAAGAUGACGCACACUAAGCAUUGAAGCGCAGGACCACGGGGACGUACUCAUAGUAAAAAACGAUAACGCUCUGAGGGAGUGGUGCUGGCAAGACGACGCGCACUGCCAAGGCGAUGGACACUACACUAGUGAAAUACAAGCACGUGUGAAGCGGGUCUUCUGGCAUAGCAGAAAAUGACGAAAAACGCAAACAUGAUGAAGCUCCACCUCUUCCACGACUCAAGGAUGAGGACGCAGAUCCUCCAGAACAUCUUCAUCAUGGUGCAAUUACAAAUAGUCCUGCUCUUUUUCUUCACAGCAAUCUUCAGAACAAGCACUAGCACAACAUCUCUACUUAUACCCGAUGUUGGUGUGGAGGCUCUGGAGCAUCCGAAUUUCCUUGCUUGUGAACAACAUGAAGAUUGGGCAGAGUUCCUCCAGCACUUGCAGCACUCGGAUCUUACCGACGUGCACGAAGACCUGGUUUUGCAGGUACUCUCUCAUGAUAUGUAUUAAGUAUCCCAUAGCGGUCGUUCUCGUUUGGGAAGUAUUAAGUAGGAUGAGGAGUAAGGUGAAGUUAUGGAAUAAUGUGUGAUGGCUGGAAUCUUGAGUUUCUCUGGGAAAUUCUCUGCGAACAGGGAUACCACUGUACACCUGGCGCAAUUGAAAUUCCCCUCCAAUAUGGAGCCUCGAAGUAGCAUUGAUUUUGGGGCAAUAUCCAUCUGCGCCAAUCGUCAACUUCGGGCAAGAGUGAAACCCAUCGCCCAUAGGUAAAGGAAAACCAUUGGGCGUCGUCCUAGAUGAGAAAUUCUUGAACUACUAUCAAGAAGCCAUCACACUAACUACAUCAUCUUCAACGGUGAGCGCGCUCAAGAGAGAUGCGUCAGACUUACACAAAGUGAACCAAAACAACUGUGCACAAACUCUCCGACCAGUCGAGAGACAAUUCCGCAGGUAGCGCCUGAGAGUCAGCUGAGGAAAUUGCGAUGAACGCCAAUGGCAUAGAAAAGCCAAGAGCAAAGAAACUGGUGCAUAUACAUCACCUAGAUGAAAAAGAACACAGUGCAAAGUAAUAAGCUGACUGCAUAGAAGCACACGGUAGAACAAACAAUCUACUACACAAUCAGCACAAGAUGAUGACAAUUGUCAAGCGAUCCGCUCGAAGAAUGAGAGACCUAAUCGCGUACGAGCAUGCAGUCGCGAUGCCGAUAGUGGCAGCAGCAUACGCAGCCAAGUUGGCAGGUGGUGAGCCAGUCAGUGCAGCACUGGUGGCUUUCCUCGCGAUCAUCGCGAUGGAAGUAAGCCAAAUCUUCUAUUGGCUCCGCCGAAUCGCCCGUGCGAUCGAGUGCCAGUGUGAAGCCGAAGAAGCAGUGCUAGCACUCAACUACGGGAAACCGCAUCCCACAAGCGAGAUAAAGGCAGCAUCGCAGGCUCUUGCGAAAGGCCUCUACAUUGCCCCGCGGUUUAACCGACUAAGCGAGUGCUUGGAUUGAUUAUGUGCCUAAGGCUCACUCUACCCUAUAUGUCAGACUCAUAGUAGCUACAAUGUAGAAAGGCCAUGAGCCUUAAAGCACGGCCAUGGAUGAAAAUAACGACCGAAAAAGUAGGGGUAGUUUUUCGGUCGUAAUUUUUGAAACACGGCCAUGGAUGAAAAUAACGACCGAAAAAGUAGGGGUAUUUUUUCGUAACGCAUGCCUCUAACCUAUGAUCCGAGUAUGCGCGUACCGAGUGGAGCAGACUGCGGCAGACGUAUGAGCCUUAAGGGGAGACCGUGGAGCGCACAUGACAGAGGACUACAUGGCACAUGGACUGGGGUUGAUAGAUCGCCAGUCUAUUAGCCUAGCUGAGUUGCGCUGUUCAAUACUACAACAGGCCGCGCGCAUGGUGAUGAUAUUGCAUGUUGCAUGACACAUGAAAUCAUCACUAAUACUAUAACAAGACCACAAUAUAACGCAAGAUAUAACGCAAGCACGUGCCUCAUUUUCCUAUUUGCGAGUAGUUAUCGCGCCCCUAAG